UAUAUUUCAAAUUAUAACUUAUAAAGAUGUCAGUUUUAAUAUGACAAUUACAUAAUUUCUUAAGAAAAUAUAACUAUUAUGAAUACGAAAAUGCUUUUAUUUCUUAUCUAAAAUUCUACAUUUUCACAGUUGAAAAUGUCAUGUUUUUAUACGAAAAAUGUCAUUUUCAAAUUACGAAAAAUUACUCAUAUCAAGAUGCCAUUCUCGCUAGAGGUUCACAGUGAAUUGUUGGAGGGCAGCGACUUCGCCGAAGUAUGACGACGGCAUCACGGCGGCAGACUUGCUUGAAUAUAAUCCUUGUGAAGUAAAUGUCAUAAGGAAAAAGUUCAAUAAGAAAAUAUUUUCGUGGUUGAAGAACUGUUUUCAUUUUGCCCGGCGUGGUAAUAAAUGCCCGCGUUGGAUUGCACCAAAAGAUUGGGAUGGAAUGCUCUUGAAGUGGGAUUCAAUAGAAUUUAAGCAAUUGUGUGAAACAAAUAAGUUGAAUGCAAACACUGAAGCUUGUAGGAGCGCUCCUUACACUGAAGCUUUCAGAAGUCGUUAGAGCAGAACGGCUGGUAAGAUUUUACUAACAAUUAAUAUGUGUAUUUAUUGUUUGUAAUUAUUUUUAAUCCUGUAACUGUAUAUUGUAUUUUGAACUUGAAAAGGAGGAAAAAUUGGGGAAGACCCCCGAUGCGGAAGAGAUCUUGCAUGAUGGAUAUACGAGCAAGAAAACUGGACAAUUGAGUGGUCCAAGAGUUCAAGAGAUAGCGGGCAAGCUCAAAGUUGCGAAGGAGGCUGUUUUGGCAACCCAGGGGGACAACGCAAAAAUGGAUAAAACGGCGCUCUAUAUAAAAACCGUGAAACCCAACCGAGGAAGAAUUAUGGGUUUGGGCUCUCUUGCCCCCGAAUUAUUGCGUACCGGGUCUUUGAAGUCCACACAUUGUGCCUCCACACAAAGUGACCCCGCAAAUGAAUCUAUUAAGGAAGAGUUGAAGGCCUUGAGGAAAGAAUUGAAGGAGUUAAGAGAGCACGCGGCCAUGCAAGCAAAUAAGGAGGGUCCAUGGAUGAAUCUGUUUCUCUAUCAUGGGUAUGGUCAGUCUACUUCCGGUGUGACACCGCACCCGGACGUCCUUGAAAUUCAAAUUAAAUUUCAAAGUUUGUGUAUUGAAUUUCCCUAUUACCGAACAAUUGUAGAACGAGUAAUGUUUUACGCAAUGCAUGAUUGAUCAUACUGCCGUUUGGGCUCGUAUAAUAG